AUGGCGGGGCGCGUCAAGGACGGCGAGGAGGAGUGCAUGAUCUGCCGCGACGACGUGCCGGCCUGUGUGUCUUUCCAGCCAUGCAGCCACUCAGUGUGCUUUGGGUGCGUCGAAAACAUGCGCGCCAAGAACAUCUUCAAGUCAACUCGUGCACCUGCUGCUACUUUCCUUGGGCCCCUGGAGAAGCAGCAGCAGCAGCAGCAGCAGCAGCAGCAGCAGCAGCAGCAGCAGGCCGACCCGUCCGUGCUUGCAUUCCUGGAGAAGGCCAACAAGGCGGCGUCGACGGCGGCGCAGGCGCGUGCGAUCAUGGAGCGCAAGGCGGCGGCGGCGGCACGUGCGGCAGUGUCUGAUGGGCGGGCGGCGUACUCUGGCGGCAGGAGCCAGGGCACGACGUCGACAUCGGCGUACCAGUCUGCGGUGUCUAGCCAGGACGACCGCUGGAACUGCCAGGGCUGCGGCGGCACCAACUACAUAUGGCGCGAGUUCUGCAGCCGAUGCCGGCGCCCCAACCCGUCGCCACCGCCGGCCCUGGGCUUCAACAAAAAGGUUUGA